UUCAGCCUUGCAUUGUGGGAUUGAUUCUGAAGAUCGCUAUAACAACCGUGGGAAGAAUUUAAUAUCAUAAAAGUAAUGAAUUAAAUGCAGCUUCCGGGGCGUUUAAUGCUCUAUAACUUCAGAAUGGCCCCGUUUAUGAUCAGUUUAGUCAUAUAGACAAGUUUCCAGUGUCUGUUAUUGUUCCGUGUUGUUGCUGGUCCAGCCUGUCAUAAUAAAGGCAGGACUGUGGGUCAGCCUUCAGUGACCGGCUUGGCUUCCGUCUCUUUAACACUGGACCUUUAUUCGCUCUGGAGAAGUUCUCGUGAAAUCAUAAGUGAGUUCAGAGGUGAACAAUGGCUUCCUCGUCCGGAAACGACGACGACCUCACCAUCCCGAGGGCGGCCAUCAACAAGAUGAUUAAAGAAACGCUUCCCAACGUGCGAGUGGCCAACGACGCCCGGGAGCUGGUGGUGAACUGCUGCACCGAGUUCAUCCACCUGGUCUCAUCUGAGGCCAAUGAGAUCUGUAACAAGUCCGAAAAGAAGACCAUCUCCCCGGAGCAUGUCAUCAACGCACUCGAAAGUCUCGGGUUUGGAUCCUACAUAGCGGAAGUGAAGGACGUUUUGCAGGAAUGUAAGACAGUCGCAUUGAAGCGGAGAAAGGCCAGCUCACGUCUGGAAAAUCUCGGCAUCCCAGAAGAGGAGCUUCUCCGCCAGCAGCAGGAGUUAUUCGCCAAGGCACGGCAGCAGCAGGCUGAGCUUGCACAGCAGGAGUGGCUGCAGAUGCAACAGGCAGCACAGCAGGCUCAGUUAGCAGCAGCUUCAGCCACCGCAGCUCAACACGCCCGGUCCUCCCAGGAAGACGAUGAAGAGGAUGACAUGUGAUAUCUCUCUCUCUCUCGCUCUCUCUCUCGUUCUCUGUUGCUCUGACUUUCUCUCUUACUCACAGUAUCCGUUUAUAUUGACUUUUUAGAAAAUACCAUGGCCAGGCGGCUGUUUUAUUUGGACCUCCCCUUAUGUCAAAAUAGCGUUAGACUUUUUUUUUUCCCUCCUCCUUUUUUCAGAGACACAUUUCUUCUUCAUCAAUUCCUGCUUUUCUUUCAGACAGGUAAAAUAUUUUAAGGCGCCAUAUUGUAUGUGCAUCAUUGUUUUUGGAUUUCGAGUCCUAUGAUAUAUUGGCAGCAGAAGAUGCAUUAUGUUUAAUUGUUCUCAGUUUGGUGCAGGAAAUGAGUGUUGAAACUCAAAUGCCUCAUAUUUUAGGUGUCCUGUAGAUUUCUUGCUUUUUGUUUUUGUAAAAUAGUUAUGUGUUAAAAUCAUUCUUUUUUUUUUUUUUCUUGAGAAUUGAUUUUUACAACAAUGGUUUCUUCCCUGUGGUGCUCUGUGUGUUUGGCAGAGAGCUGAGCUGGGUUGUAAAGUAGGACGUUUCUUUUUGUUUCGUUUUAGUUUAAAGUGGUAAGAGUAAAGAGUAUGUAGGAUGCAGCUUUUGUCUGGCCUGUGUUCCGAACAGUAUUGAAAGGAGAACUUAAGAAAAAUAUCUGUCUCUUUAGUACCAAAGAUAGAGAUGAAACUUCAGCUACCAGAUAGUCUCAAGUAACCUCUGGACAGUUUUACACUCUUUACAGGAAGAAGCUCUGGUCACUGAUGGCACUGAACUACACCGCCAUCAAUGUCCCUAUACUGAUAGCAACUAUCAAACUGUAAAAUGUUUUUCAUAUCCAGGCAGAAGGUUUUUGUUCCUCUGUAGCUCUCUGGUGCAAUGUGUAGAAGUUACAUUGUGAAUGUGUGGUCAAUUCUUAUCUUGUGACGAUUGGUAAGUUUUAGUUGAGGCACGUGUUCACAUGGCUUUGCAGGAGCUGUAAGCUGUAUUCUCUAAGCAAUAAAAGUCAACAUGUUUUAUAAA